UUAUAACUCCUGGAACAUUUGAGCACCAAAAUAAUAAGAAAUUCGAAUGUCUCUGGGUCCGUGCAGUGAUAUUACCGUUAUUAUAAGCAUCUGAAAUGUUAUUACGUGCUGAUAUUAGCACUUACCAGCUUUUCACACAAUAAGUAUCACCUAAAAAAUAGCGGUCGAGCACGGCAAAUCGCAUAUAUACGCUCAGGCUGAGGUAUUGCUUUCUUUUUUUAAUUUUUUUUUUGUAGUUUUCCCUGCGUUUGAUUCAGAGGUUCAUUAUUUAGAUCAGGCUCCCCAGGUCCCGUCAGGGCCAUGUUGCACCGCCUGGGUAAGGUAUAGAUAGCAAGUGGGAUCCUGGAUGGAUAGUUGGAUAUGAUUCUGAUGGGUUUCUGCCUAAACCUACUGCCAGAAACUAGUGAGUCAGGGUCAGGGCUUAUCCAUCCACCCAUUUUAUAUACCCACGUCUCCUGUGCAGAAAACUAUGGACACAAAGCAGGGAACAACCCAGGAUGGUGCGCACAUGUUCACUACCUGGCAAUGCCUUGUGAAAACUGGAGAAAACCCUACUUCCACACUGGGAGAACAGGCAGUGACUCAAACGCUGGUCUCCAGAGGUGUGAGACGAUCCUGCCAAUCAGACACCGGCAUGCCCCGCCCAGCUGGGCCAGCCUCCUGCCAUGUAAACCACAGUGCCAGCUCCGGGAAGAGUCUGCCGAACGACAGAACAAUAACAAUGUGGAAGAUGAGGAAAGCAGCGCACUGUGGUCCCUCAGCGGCCCCGUGUCCCCCGGCUCCUCUCGGGAUUCCCGCCUUCCCGCCAGAGACGCACUCAACGUUGGCAUGUGUGCGAGCCGUUAUGCAUGGACGGAUGGGGGAGGGUGUAAUAAGACGAAAGCAUCCUGCCUCGAGAUCAGAGGCCCAAUUUGCGAGCGGCAUCUACACAGGUGGCCUGCGGGGGGCGCAGCGGUGUGGCGUCUGCGGGCAGCUAGUCGGAGAGCAAAGCACCGCGAUCCCCCGUACCGCCAUCUUCCUGUCUGCCCACACUCUGCAGCUGCUCUGCGCUCGUGCCGGGUGGGGAAGGGCCAGCCGUCAUUUCAGAUGGGGACAGUGACAAGACACCGUUUCUGUGCGAAGCAAACACUAGGAGGCGAGUGGAGGAAAUUGCAUCUGGGUGCUAACGGCACUGGCGUCGCCCGCGGUCCUGAUGUGUCUACAUGUCGCACUGUUUACAUUGCAUUAACUCAGUGCUCUGCCUUCGGAAAAUCAGGUCGAUGCCCGGGAUGUGUUUGGGAGACAUUAGUGUUGAGAUGUUAGGCAAUCUGCAGUGAGUUGUGGUUACGCUGUGGUGAAGAUAAGGUUGCAGCGAGGGGGGCAUCCAUUUCACAGGAACGAUGUGGCCAAAAUGAUGACGCCGAUCUAAUAAUGACAGAGAAAAUUAUUAGCAUAAUACGUCAAACGCUGCCUCCUCUGUUUCAGAUUUAAUUAAUAUGAGCACGGCCACGUGGAGAACGCUGUAAUACGUCUGGCUGUCGCGCGCUAACAAAAUUUCAUCUGCCCCUGUUGGAGGACAUUAUGAAACACAUUUAUUGCGGCAGAAAAUGAAGGAGAAGUCAAGUUGGGAUGGACGUGUAAAGAACCCCUGACGUGUCUGCUGGUGAAUGCAUGUGAUGGUAAAUAUGUGUUUUGCUCUGUAGUCAUUAGAAGAUUGUAUUUGAGGAGGUGAAUCAAUGGCUGAAGGAGUUUGUCAUCUGCAGGUUCAACAGACGCUUCGGCUGAAAGGAAAAACGUGAGACACCAUGUUUAUUUGAGCAGGGUGGCGCCCACAUGUGGUGGGGUGACAUGGUGGACCUGCGACUGGCCACGGGAGGGGGUCGGCCCCCACGUGUGACGUGGUGGUAUCAGAAGCCGCAGUGAAUGCAGUGUUCACUGUUAUCACUCACCCUGAGGACAGAUAGUCAUUGCUUACAUAUGUUCCUUUAUGCCUUAAAACUCCUUAUGGGGGUGAUUGUACUGCAGUGUUAGCUGAUAGGAUGUAAAACAGCAAAGCUCCGUCACCAAGCAAAUGUGAGUAGUCUAGUCUUAAAGAUCUCCAUGGGAUUUGGCCUGCAGACUAAUUAACAGUAGGGAUGACUAGCACAUGACACUUUCUGACUGCCUGUUCUCUAACUAAAUCCACAGCUUGGAUCUGCGCGGUUUGGCUUGGCAUGGUGUAGGACCAAGGCCCCGCUGAUUUAAGUUGUGAAACAGCUGAUGAUGAGUUCUGCUCCAUGG